AUGUGGGUCUGCGCGCUGUGGGAGGCGCGGACCCCGGCCCUGCUGCGGCGGCGGCGGCUGCUCCCGGCCCGGGGCCCCCGCCCGCCUGCCGCCGCCUCCUUCUCCGCGUCCGCCGAGGGCUCCCGGGUCCGGGCGCUGGUCUAUGGCCACCACGGGCACCCGACCAAGGUCGUCGAACUGAAGAACCUGGAGCUAGCUGCUGUAGGCGGAUCAGACGUCCAUGUGAAGAUGCUGGCGGCCCCUAUCAAUCCAUCUGACAUUAAUAUGAUCCAAGGUAAUUACGGCCUCCUUCCGCCGCUGCCUGCUGUCGGAGGGAACGAAGGUGUCGGACAGGUGGUGGCCGUGGGCAGCAACGUGUCUGGGGUGAAGCCAGGAGACUGGGUGAUUCCAGCAACUGCUGGUUUGGGAACCUGGCGGACUGAGGCUGUGUUCAGCGAGGAAACUCUGAUCAGUGUCCCGAGUAACAUCCCUCUUCAGAGUGCUGCCACCCUGGGUGUCAAUCCCUGCACGGCCUACAGGAUGCUGAAGGACUUUGAGCAGCUGCAGCCUGGAGACUCUGUCAUCCAGAAUGCAUCCAACAGUGGCGUGGGGCAAGCAGUCAUCCAGAUCGCCGCAGCCCUGGGCCUGAGGACCAUCAAUGUGGUCCGAGACAGACCUGAUCUCCAGAAGCUGAGCGACAGACUGAAGAAGCUGGGGGCCGAGCAGGUGGUCACAGAAGAGGAGCUGAGGACGCACGAGAUGAAAAACGUCUUUAAGGACAUGCCUCAGCCACGGCUCGCUCUCAACUGUGUCGGCGGGAAAAGCUCCACGGAGCUGCUGCGGCACUUAGCACCUGGAGGAACCAUGGUGACCUAUGGAGGGAUGGCCAAGCAGCCUGUCAUCGCGUCUGUGAGCCAGCUCAUUUUUAAGGAUCUCAAACUUCGGGGCUUUUGGUUGUCCCAGUGGAAGAAGGACCAUAGUCCAGACCAGUUCAAGGAGCUGAUCCUCACUCUGUGCGACCUCAUCCACCGAGGCCAGCUCACGGCUCCCGCCUGCUCCGAGGUCCCACUGCAGGACUACCAGUGUGCCUUGGAGACCUCCAUGCAGCCCUUCCUGUCUUCAAAACAGAUUCUCACCAUGUGA